AUGAAGAAGAAUGAUGAACAACAAUUUAAGCAUUUUCUUAAACUCUUGAGGCAACUGCACAUCAAUAUUAUACUUGUAGAAGCCUUGGAACAAAUGCCAAAAUACGUCAAAUUUUUUAAGGAUAUUUUAACAAAGAAAAGGAGAAUCAGCAAGACGGAAGUAAUUGUGCUAACACGGGAGUGCAAUGUGUUAGUCAACAAUGGACUACCCAAGAAACAGAAGGACCUAGGAAGCUUCACAGUCCUGUGCUUAAUCGGAGGGUUAGACGUGGGACAUGCGUUGUGUGAUUUGGGAGCAAGCAUUAACCUCAUGUCACUCUCAAUCUUCAAGAAAUUGGGAAUUGCUGAAGUACAACCCAUUUCUGUAACUUUUCAACUCGCUAAUAGGACGAUCAAGUACCUUGAAGGAAAGAUUGAAGAUGUUCUGGUAAAAGUUGACAACUUCAUAUUCCCAGUGGAUUUCAUCAUCCUAGACUAUGAAGCAGACAAGGAUGUACCAAUUAUUCUUGGACGACGCUUUCUAGCCACUAGGAAAGUAUUAAUAGACGUGCAUAAGGGAGAAUUGACCACGCGUGUAGACAAUCAAGAAGCGAAGUUUAAUGUGUUAAACGCAUUAAAGUUCCCAGAUAGUGAAGAAUGUCAACUGAACAGAAUAGAGUUUCCUGAAGAGGAAGCGACCCAAGUUUGCGAGGUCCUCGCGUUGGAAGAAAACAUGAAAGAACCCGAGCUGCCAAGUCUGAGUGAGCAACAGAUGAAACCAACGUGUCCAUCAUUAGAGGAACCACCAGAACUAAAGCUGAAACCGUUACCUAAUCACCUUAAAUAUGCUUUCCUUGGAACAAACAAAACCUUACUUGUAAUUAUUUCCGCAAAUCUUACCUAG